AACUCUUCAUAAGUGUUGUACCCCAGUUGUAGUGAAUCUGGGGCAGAUCAGGGCAACUUCUGGCAUUUGGGAGCUUGUGGCUGUUUUGUUUCACGUGCUAAAAAUCUGAAUGUCAGACUUGCCCUUUAUGUUUUUAAAUGCUGUAAUUGCAGAACGCUUUUUAAACAUACUGCCUUGGUGUGCGGGCACGAAGUGCAGAGACUUUUGCCAGCUGUGCUUCUCAAGGCUUUUUGCAGCCUCGCAGACAGCACUCAGAGCUCGGGGUGCCUGCAGGAACACGCAGGUCCCCACGUAUCGAUUCCUGCUUGCUGCGAUGGCACCGCCAGGUGGCGGACGGAGCUCAGGCAGGAGCGUGCUGGUGCUGCACAGACCUCGCUGCAUGUUAAUUAGCGUCACCCCUUAAGGAGCUUCUUCCUUACACUGCGGUUGCAUGACAGGUGAGUAAAGUGAGGUCAGAAAGAGAGGGGGAAAAAGUAAUGAAAUAGGAGAUACUUCCAGGCAAAUAAACAUAUACGAUGCAUGCGUGAUAAACAUAUAUGAUAAUAUAUAUGAUGUUUUUAAUAAUCUGAUAUAAAAGUAUGUGAUGAAUUGAGUCAUCUUGGGGAUAACAUUUAAACAUCAUUCUGCAAAUAUAAUGAUGACUAAUACGGAAAUUGUAGAAUAACAGGUUCUAGUAUCCCAAAAAGUUGGGUCUGGCUGGGUGUUAGUUCAGGGCUCUCCUUACUCCACCUUAUCCAAGAAAGCAGAAACCUUCUUUAAGUCAUCAUCUGUAUUUCCCUGGAAGGUUUCUGUGGCAGCUGCUGUCUGACUCUGCAUGAUGUUACCAUGAGACUGCUGAGACAGCAGUGCUGUGCUUGCUGCUCUGUGCUUUGCAUUUGACAUUCUUUGGUCAUAGCAGCAGCAGCAGAAUAGAAUCCGGGCUCUCAGAUAAAUAGAUAGCGGUUUUGAUGUUGGAUCUUAGGUGUUCGGGGUUUGUAGGUUUGUUUGUUGAGGAAAUCAGUUCAAAAUGCAAAGCAGAUUUAAUUCAAACAGACACACCUGGUAGUUUGCAAGAUUACAAACCAGAUCUCUUGCUGAAGUUACGGAAUAGGGCUUUUUUUUCUGCAGCAGUUAAAAAGUAAUAUGUGUCAUUUCACUUGCAUCCACACUACUUGUUUGGAUGUGCUCAGGCGUUUAUCUCAGCACGCACCAUUACCUAGAUGCAAACUAGGCAGAGUUUGUCUGCUUCAGGCAACAUGCAGAAAAGGUAGAGCAUCAUGUUUGCAGUGUGGCUGUGAUUAUGGGGAGGAGAGUGCUUGCUACAGUCCUUGCUGACUGCCACCAUACCAGCCAGCAUGGGUUACUUGUGCUGGGACCUGCAAGUUGCCAGUUCUGGUUGCCUGUAAAGAGAACAGGUGUAGCACAUGACAUCAUGGGCAAACUGAUCAAACUGCGACUUCAAGGGGAUGAGAUCUCUUUUGAAGUGCUAAUUAAAGCUUUUCUCCUUGGAUAGUUAGCAAUGUAUUGCCCUCUCCAAACCAUCUCUUCCCAUUUCUCCUAGCUCUUUACUCAUCAGUCAUCUGCAGUUUUUAUAACAGUGAAUGCGUCAUAACAAAUGUCAGCUUGAUUUUUAUUGAUCCACAGGACAAAAAAAAAUGUAAAAUGGUUGUUUAUUGCAAAUCCACUUUUAGUCCUUUUGCCACAGAUCCGAUAACACAGUAUGAUGUUGCUCUUUUAAGCUGCCACUCCGCAGAAGUAAAGUCUGCGCUGGUCUAAAUCAACAGUGUGCAGGAAUCUCAGAGGGGCUGUGUUCCUUUGUGUCAGUAGUUCUAGUUAUGGGCUGAGGACAUGCAACAGACAUAAAGUGAUCAAAACAAAGUGGAAAUGAGACACAAGCAGUAUUUUCCUUUUAGGAAAACAGCUAAGCCUGUUAGUACACAAUGAAAAAACAAGUAGUAGAAAGUGUCAGAUAAACACAGGUUGUGCUUUCAAUAUACAAUCUUAAUUUUAUUGUAAAACCAUAAGAAUGUUUCUGAAUUGCUUAAAUGAUUGCUGAAAAGUACAGAACCUGGUAAUUUUAAUAAGAACUGUUUAAGUUUGGUGAAGUCAUUACAAAUUCAUGCAGGCUUUGGAAAAAAGAAUUAAGUGCAUUGGUGCUUGUGGAAAGAGUUACAUUGACAUGCAGAUUCAUCUUGUGCAUAAUUGCAAGGGAGUAAGAAAUACCACUGCUGGCUUCUGACUGCUUGUCGAUAAUUGACAUGGGUGACAUAAAAACUAUUGACUUGAGGAUGGUGGUUUAAAACCAGCAGCUCUCAGCAGGUGACUGGUGGUGGGCUUGAGUACAUUCCUCCACAUGGAUUGCUGGCUUCUUCUAGUGAAAAAUGUGCCAUUUCUAAGUGCAAAGGUCUCAAAACCAAUUUUUGCCCCACUGUAGUUUUCUUGGUAUGGUGCUGUUUGUUUGCCAGCAGCAAUAAUUAGGGAUGUUUUUAUUGGUACAGUGUACAUGGAUAUCAACAAUAUUCACAGCUUGAUUACAUGCAACUGUGGCAUAAUAAACAGUGAAUAUUCUAAAAUUAUGCAAUUCACAGCUUGGUUUUAUUUCUGCAUACCUGUUGCAAAUUCCAAGUAAAUAAGCAAUAAUGUGAAAUAGCAAAUGCCAAAGUAUUGUUCUGGGAGAAUUCUUCCUUAGCUGUAAAUUGGCAGGUUUCACCUUUUAGGUAUAAAUUUAGCAAAACAUAAAUGCUCAAAUGUGUUAAAAUGUUAAACUGACUUCAGUUUCCAGAUCUCAUUUUCUGUAGUGACUUUUUCUAAAGCUUGACACCACGCAUUUGCAAAUGGUUGUGUUAGAAGGAUUCCUGAAGUUACCACUCCCCAGCUGGAGGUUAGCACUUUUCCUGUUGGUAAGCAGGUUGGUGAAUACUCACCACUGAUCCAUUGCAUUGCAGAGUAAACCAUGCUCAUGCACAUAUGACUGAAAAACAUUUCUUAGUGGAAGGAGUGGUAGCUUCCCAUGAAGAGGAAGAACUCUUCUUAUACUACUCAUUAUUAUAUGUCUCUACAAUGACCAAGUCAUGAUUACAGACAGUAUUUGACUUUCAAAUCUUUGCCACUGGAUUGUAUAAAUUUCACUCAUGUAGUGUGUGAGCAGGGGUGCUGCUGAAGAAGGAUGAGUUACACAAGGUCUUCACUGAGUUCAGCAACAGAAAAUUCAAAUCCAGCCCUCGAUGGCCACAGUUCAACAACGUGGUUUGCAGUACUGUGCAUCUUCAACACCUUUCCUCAGUGGCAUUUGCAAUCCUCAAAACUGUAUUGGGAAUAGCAGGUGUUGUUGACUUAAUAUUUCUCACAAAACACAAAAGCUUUUCUGAAAAUACAGAGUAAAACUUAAAAAAAUCAAAAGGUGAAUGCAGGUUUCAGAAUAGUUAGCAAAUGUAAUUAUUUCAAGUGCUUUUUAUUCUUGUAACAGUGCAUCAGCAGUGCCGUUUAUUUAAAGAAGAAAGGAAGUAUGGUACGUAUUCUGCCUCAUGAAUGUUGUUCAGCUAGUCAUAUUGCAAAAUGCCUUGCAAUAAGAGUCUCAGCUAAACCAAGCACCAGGCUCCUAUGGCUGGUGUAAUGUGCUACAGUAUCCUGUUACAGGCAUUCUUUGUAAUUCUAGGAGGCAGAAAAUAAAAUUUGACACUCGAAAAUAAUAAGUUUAAGUAAAUCAUGUGGGAGAAAUGUACGUUUAUGUCCAAGAAACGGUUAGAUGUUGCCAGAACAAUACAGCUACAUUAUGAAUCUUUAAUGAUCUCUGAAAGUCAUAAUGGUCUGUCACUAAUGCCCAUUAAUGAUCUCUCUAUACCACGAGUAUGGGCUUGAUGUUUCUGGCCAGUACCUUAGAGAAUACUUUAAAUAUGCGUUAAACUUUCUCUGAUCUACUCCUGUGUGUCUGCUCCAAAUGUAGACUGCAAUUGUCUGGGUAGGAGCAGCUUGUAAGACAGCAUGGCUUUGGGGUUAAGAAAGUCGUAUUCAGAGCCUCAGCUUAAAGGUAUAGUAACAAAACUAUACAGCAGGCAAGGAUACCACUUGCAGUUGCAAGCAGAUGGAACAAUUGAUGGAACAAAAGAGGAGGACAGUAGUUAUACGUUGUUUAACCUCAUACCUGUGGGUUUACGAGUGGUGGCGAUUCAGGGGGUUCAAACAAAAUUGUAUCUGGCAAUGAACAGCGAAGGAUACCUAUACACAUCAGAACAUUUUACACCUGAAUGCAAGUUCAAAGAAUCAGUAUUUGAAAACUACUACGUAACAUAUUCUUCGAUGAUCUACAGACAGCAACAGUCUGGCCGGGGUUGGUAUUUGGGUCUUAACAAGGAAGGAGAAAUAAUGAAAGGAAACCAUGUGAAGAAAAAUAAACCUGCAGCACACUUUCUUCCAAAACCAUUAAAAGUGGCCAUGUACAAAGAGCCUUCUCUCCACGAUCUCACAGAGUUCUCAAGAUCUGGAAGUGGGACCCCAACAAAGAGCAGAAGUGUUUCAGGAGUGCUAAAUGGGGGUAAAUCCAUGAGCCAAAACGAGUCAACGUAGCCAGGUUAAGGCAAGCCAAGUGCUCUCUAAACAGAACCUUACCUCUGGAUGCAGUUGAAUUCUUACUAGCAGUCUUUCAUCCAAAUGUUCAAUUGCCCAGGACAAGCCACCGAACUUGCAUAGGUCACUCGUUUAUCAGCCAUUAGAUCUACUGGUUGUCAAAGGAUAUACCCCAAUAAUGUAGAAUAUGCUUGUGCAUAUCACAAGGCACUUGGAUAGCCAGCAAACGUAACUGCGGAUUAAAUCUCGGAGAAGAGGUGUCCAGAUCUUUCUCUCUCUCUCUUUUUCUCUCUCUUUCUCUCUCUCUCCUAUGCUUUGUGGAAUACGAAACAAAAAACAUUUCACAGCAUUCACUGCUGAUAAGAAUUUGCUUUCCAACUAAGAAAAAGACCACUUUUGCUCUUCAAAGGAAAUUUUAAUGCUUAUAUGUUUUAUAGGGGAAACAAAAAACAAAUAUGUAAACUCUGUUGUUUCCUUGGCUUACCGUUUUAUAUCUAAGGCUUGAUAAAAAGAUGUAUCCUUUAAUUUGAAAUAGUGCAACUUUUUGAUUUCUGAACUCCAAUGGGUCUUUCAAGCUAUGUCUUUCAAAAAAUAAUUAAAAAUUCAGGGUUGGAACUGAGAGUUGGUGUCUCAGGCUCUAGCAAACAGUGUUCUUGUGGUUUUAAACACAACGAAAUAUAAAUUUUUAUAGAUUUGUAGUUUCUGGUAAAGUUCUUGUGCUAACCCCAGUCUGUAGGAACUGAAAUGUUCUGUUAUCCCAAGUGGAAGUUGACAGAAAGGGAUAAAAUUAUCCUCCAGUGUAGAUUUCUCUUAAUUCCAUUUUGUGUGUCAUGUUAAACUAUUGUUGUGGCUUCUUUUCUAAAGACAGAAACUGUGGAAUUAAGGUGACUUAAUUUUUUAUAAGAAACGUCUUAUUUGUAAAAGUCCUUCUUUCACUGUAACGGGCACGUGAAUAUUGUGUAGGAGGAAGCGUUAGGACAGGUUACCCCUAAACAACAUAUACUUAUACAUGCUAUUGGAAACAAUUGUUUAAAAAAAAACGUAGUUAGGUUUCCAUUUAGGUCAUCAUGUCUGUUGCAUGGGAGAAAGUUGGAAUAUUGGCCUAGAGUUGCAUGAUGUGUAAGAUUUUGUGCAUUAAUCAUCGUUGGAUUCUGUGCUCCAAAACUGACAUAGUUCUGUACAGGCAGCUUUCUGCCUUGUACAAAAGAGUUGUUUAUUAUUUGUUGUAUACACAACCAUGCACUGAAUAAACCAUUUAUAUCAAGAUGUACUUUUUAAAAAAGCUUGUUUGAUUAUAUGAUGUACAUCAAUGAUUACUUUCAAGGGAAAAGGUUGGCAAUUAAAUUAUAAAAUUAUAAAAGAUACUGUAAUUAAUGUUCAAAAUCUUUCUAUGUAACAAGUUAUUCCCUUGUGACUCCGUACUCCAUAUGAAUGAGAAAACAUUCUUCCUUUUGGAUAUUGUUAGAACUGGUCUUACGCGCCCAGCUGAGAUACUCAAAACACAGUGACUACUAAGUGCCACAAAGUCUGGGUAACAGCCCCUUCGCUGCACGCUGUUGGAGCCUCAGUGAACUGCUCUCUUCUGCUUUGAGCUUCUCCAGCUUCUCUGUGUCUGUUCUCCUUGUUAGGCUUCCUUAGUGCAGCCACAUAGCGCUACCUCGCAGCACACCUCCCCAGAGCCCUCGGUACAGGGGGACCCAAAAAGAUCUGGUGAGUUCAGCAUUGCUCAUGUCAGGGUGGCACCUUGAGGAUGCUCAGAGUUCCCUGAGCAUCGCUGUAGGCACUCAUCGGGGCCAGCUCGUCUGGUCUUGAGGAAAUGGGCUACCAUGCCUCCUGCAUUUGUGCACAUAUUCUGGGGAGAAAAUGUAUUUCUCUCCUAAGUUUUCUCUCCAAAAGCAUCAACGAGAACUUCUCUACAGUGUCCAUACAGCUCUGACAGGUGAGCUUUGCUCAUCAAGGUGUUUCAGUAAGACCUAGGAGGAACAUGUUCUCAUCAUGGGUGGCUGAAGAAGCAGGUCUGGAAGGGAAUCAUGGAAACGGAGACAAAAAGCUGCCUGUAAGUGUUAGUCUGACAUUAAAAGCAGAUAUUGUGUUGUCUAGUGUGUCUCCUUCCCUCCUGAACAUGCUAGGAGAAUUAGCUUUUUUUAUGAAUGUCAGGGCUGAGAGAAGAGAGAAGGCAAUCAUUUCACAUCAAACUCCCAAAUUCAUUCUUUUAUGGCAAACUGUAUGCCAAGAGCUCCGGCUUGCUAAGUUCCUCUGUUGGAGCAGGGUAUUGCCCUCCCCAGAUAACACCACUGUGGUGACCUUCAGAGGGCCUGGGAUCCUCAUAUCCACCCUUGCUGAAGGGUGAAGAAGGUGGGGAAGAACUAUUAUGAAAGUCAUUAAAGAAUUGAAGAUGUGCCCUGUGCUUGUUUUUGGAGUUUUGAUAUUUUAGUGGGUCUGAAGCAUUUUUUCUCUUCAGCUAAUUGUGCUUUGCCUUCAUGAAGCAUUUUCUUAAUCCUCACAGUCAAGAAAAUCAGACUCAUUGGGGUGCAUGUUCCAAAAAAGGAGUCUGAGUGCCUUAGGAACAUAAAACCUGAUCAAAAGUAGGCAUCGUUGUGCCAAAGCUAGCUAGACACAUUGUUCAGUGCCAUGUUUAUUAUCCUAAAGGUAACUGGAAGUCUGCUGCUUUGCUUGAUAGCUGCAGCCUUGCAACUCCCCAUCCCCAAUAUCUCCAACCUUGAAGGUCAUCUGCAGCAAAGGAAAAAUGCUCAUCUCACAAACUGUCACUUCUGAAGACCCAUUUUGCAUAUUGACAUUGUCAUCAGCUGUGAACAUUCGCUGUCAAGUCCUUAGUUUCGAAAGUUUCUAACAUAUCAGGCUAGCAAAGCCCACUCUUGGGUUAAAGAUGAGGAGAGAUGUAUGGUGAUAGAUGAGCCAUAAGCAGCUGUUUCUAAAAACUUCUGGCAAACCUGUUACAAUUAUCUCCUUCAGAGUUUGUAGACUGGAAGGGGAAACCCUUGAUAGCAUCCUGCAGUAGACAAAAGCUCAUAUACACUAUAGGCAAAGUGGGAGAUUAUGCCCAGAAUCUUACAAGUAGUCUGUGGAGCCAUAGAAUGAGAAAUACAGUAAAAUGUGCCUUUGCAGACAGUGAUGUGAAGGUGAUACUCUGACCCAGCCAGCGAAGACCCUUGAGUAGACAGGAAUUUGGAUUCAGCAAAGGAACUUUAGGAGUUAGACUCAAGUAUUUAUUUAUCUGCCUCCUCCUGCACCCAUAGAUUAGCUCAUUAAACAGAUAACUCUUGAGUCAUACCUUCAUUUAAGAAGCCUGCUAGAUGUUGGAAAAGUAUCCGUAUCGGGUGGCUGUCUAUGAAAAGAAAACUUACAGCCACCAAAGUAGGUUAACCCUACUUUGCUCUGCCACAUGUACCUGUCCAAGUGCAGUAGGAUGCAUGCCUGGAAUAAAGAAAAACCAAGACUUGUACUGCCUGUGAGCCACCAACCACCUGCAGAAGGUUUGCUCUCAGGCCCUUCUUUAUUGCCAGUAUGAUGGCUUAUGCCUCUCACCUGCCAUUCUGUUUGUCCCUGCCUUUCCACCAAUGUGACCACACUCUGUGUGGCAAACCCUGGGCCUGGAUUUGACUCAGGAGGUGCAAAACUGGUAUGGUGGCUUUUCGAUUCACCUGGGCUUCCUCAGGCAAAGGCCAAGAGCCACCGUGGGGCAGAGGCCUUAUGAAAGGCUGACAAACACUAUCUGCCAACCCAACAGGAAACAGGGCACCCGUGAAAGUGGAGGAAAACUGCUAGGAGCACAACUAUUACGGGGCAAAACCUCUGCCUUUUUGAGAUCCACCUAUCAGAGCUGCUUUCUCUGAGGUCUCUGCAGGGGACUUGAACAUUGCCUUCUCUGUCUGGUUUUGGGGUGAGGGAGGAUAGCAAGAGCUCUUCUCUGUAUCACAGAGAGAUCUUUAUUUUCUUUUUUCUUUCUUUUUUAUUUUAUUUUAUUUUAUUUUAUUUUUAAGUUUAAUUUACCUCAUGCUACCUCAUAGCAUGGUUGUAUCUCCAUAGCCCCUUGCUCAGACAUGUUCAUCGCUGGCACGAUGGAAGACAAUUCCCUACUUGGGGAAAACACCUCCAGGUUCCCCCCAGGAAGAACGGUGCCCCUUCUGCAGCACUGUCUGGUGUCCCCACCGCUGGUUUCCAGCCCACAGGCCAGGGUUUCCAGUGGGAUAAAGGUGGUGUAACGAGCUCAGGGAUGCUGUGGUAUGUCAGGCCUCUCAGCAGCUGAGCACAAGUGCGAGAGCCAGGUCUGGCAGAGCUCUGCUGUGUCUUGAGUAUCUCUGCAUGGAGACCAGAGCCAGCUCUAAUGGGUUUAAACGUCUCCCUGACAUAUCCUUAACCAGGACACUUUUGCAGGACAGAAUCUGUAUGUAACAACCUCCUAUCUUCUAAUAAAUAAGUCUCUCUAAAACAGA